AUGUCCUGGUCUCAAAAAACAUUUUCCCUGCCCACGCGCAGUCGCGGCUCAUACCUCAUUACCGACCAUGUCUUAUCCGAAGUCCCCGAGAUCCACGAUUACAAGGUCGGCAUGCUGAACUUGUUCGUGCAGCACACGAGCUGUGCGCUCUCGCUGAAUGAGAACUGGGAUGAUGAUGUUCGCGCCGAUAUGAGCGAUGCACUUGAUCGCAUUGCCCCGUCUGAUCCGAAGGGAAAGCUCUAUCGUCAUUCUGCUGAGGGAGACGAUGAUAUGCCGGCUCAUAUCAAAUCUGCUCUCAUCGGUGCCUCGGUGAAUAUCCCCAUUUCCAAUGGCCGUCUGGCGACCGGAACCUGGCAGGGAAUCUGGUACCUGGAGUUCCGUACCAGUCGCCAUUCGCGCAAGGUUGUCGCAACUAUCCAGGGCCAGAAGGCGUGA